AGCACGUGUCCCCGCCCCCCGGCCUGGGCAGCCCAAGGGCACGGGGGCAGUGGCUGGGGCCAGGAUUAGUGGCCAGCCCUGGGGUGGAUCCUCUUCGCAGAUUAGCAGCCCUAUUGCCUGCUGCCUGGGGCUGGGGGGAGACAAGGCCUGGGCCUCCCAGCCCCUGCCUCAUUCAGGACGUCCGGCCUGGAGCAGCCCCCUCCCCUGUGCAGGGGCAAGCUAGGAGGCACCGGUGGGCUUACUCUCAGGGAUGGCUCAGUUAGGUGCUAUAGCAGCAGUGACUGUGAGUUUUGUGGCUGCGGCGUUCUUCUCUGCCAUACACAAAAUUGAAGAAGGACAUAUUGGCGUUUAUUAUAGAGGUGGUGCGCUGCUAACAUCAACCAGCGGACCCGGCUUCCAUCUUAUGCUCCCCUUCAUAACCUCUUUCAAGUCUGUUCAGACCACGCUGCAGACAGAUGAGGUGAAAAAUGUUCCCUGUGGGACUAGUGGGGGCGUGAUGAUUUACUUUGACAGAAUUGAGGUGGUGAAUUUCCUGAUUCAGAACGCUGAUGGAUGUGUGCAAGCUCCUCUGAAGUGCAGCCCUUCAGGGAUAAGUGCGUUAAACUGCCUAGUGUACGACAUAGUGAAGAACUACACAGCAGACUAUGACAAAGCACUUAUCUUCAACAAGAUUCACCAUGAGCUGAACCAGUUUUGCAGCGUCCACACGCUGCAGGAGGUCUACAUAGAGCUGUUUGAUCAGAUUGAUGAAAACCUUAAGCUGGCUUUGCAACAAGACCUGACCUCCAUGGCCCCCGGACUCAUCAUACAGGCAGUUCGAGUCACAAAGCCCAACAUCCCAGAAACCAUCCGCAGGAACUAUGAGCUCAUGGAGAGCGAGAAGACGAAGCUGCUGAUUGCAGCUCAGAAGCAGAAGGUGGUGGAGAAGGAAGCUGAGACAGAGAGAAAGAAGGCGCUCAUCGAGGCAGAAAAAAUUGCUCAAGUUGCCGAGAUAACAUAUGGGCAGAAGGUGAUGGAAAAGGAAACAGAGAAGAGGAUUUCGGAGAUUGAAGAUGCGGCGUUCCUUGCAAGGGAGAAGGCAAAAGCUGAUGCAGAAUGCUAUACCGCUCUGAAGAUGGCAGAAGCAAACAAGCUAAAGCUAACUCCAGAGUAUCUGCAGCUGAUGAAGUACAAGGCCAUUGCAGCAAACAGCAAGAUCUAUUUCGGCAAGGAUAUUCCCAACAUGUUCAUGGACCAUGCAGGGAGCCACGGCAAGCUUGCAAAGGGACUAGUGGAAGAGAUGAGGGACCAGCUUGGGGCAGGAGCUCCCGAGGACUUGUGAGGUCAUUUCUAGCGCCGUGUGAUCACAAAGAUUUCUAUUUAUUUUUUAACAGCAGAAUCACAAACCGAGGUGUCUGUUUCCUCUUUUGAUCUUCCCCUUUUCUCUGAUGAUGCAGAUGAACCAGACUCACCCCCACUAUUUUUUUUUUUUUUGUCUGAAAAGCAGCUUAGAUACCAAUGCUUCGACUUCCCCAGGCUGUCGUUUGGCUCCUUCCUUACAAUUGGGUCCAGCCACCUGUCUACCGAAGGGUAGAUUUAGACCCAAUAAUUCUGGAAGGAUUGAAGCAGCAGCUUCAAAACUAAUUCUAGUCACAACCCUACUUACAGCAGGGGUAACUCUUUGCAGCUCUGUACACACAGUUACCUCUGUUGAUAGGCCUGCAUGAGCUAGGAACUGGGCUUUACUGUGUCUCAGCUGCCCUAGGGUGACUGUCCCCACAAUUACAUGACACUAAGAGCUAAACUGAGACUGUUUGUCCCUGAAUGAGACAGGGACACAGUGAAGCUUUAGCUCAGCGUGGGAUAGGAUAGACGCAUGGGACAGUGACUACAGGAAAGGUGAGAUGUGGCAGGUCACUGGGCACCAUGGAUUCCAGGCUCAGCACUUGUGUGCAUGUCUGCAAUUAUUUCAACAGAAAGUGAAAGCUGAACUGAGUCCAUUUAGCCCUGUUGGGUGUGCUGCCUUAGUUUAUCCUUCAGCCUGGGGUAAUCAGUUUGUUCUGAGGUUAGUAUAAAUGAAAUGAUUUUAUUUCCUAAUAAAGGUUGGUAGCAAUGCAAGUGAGAAAAACUAUACUUUUUUUUUUUUUUUGCUGGAAGCCAUAGCUUUGUUCGGUGAAAGUUUCCCAUUAAGUGUGGGUUGUUUUAAGCCCUGUUGAAGAAAUAAAGGUGCUAGAUUUUCUAUACGCUACAUGUGGCAGCCACACCAAGGAUGCACUGGCACAAGCUGUUGAUUUCCCACGAAUUGAGCUUAGUAUUUAAGCAUUAAUUACUUGAGUAUUUGCAUUGGCCAAAUUUUGGAGGGCUAUUAUUUGUCUUGGGGUGUUUGUUCUCGAUCCUGUCUUGUAGAAAUGGUGCUGCCAAGUCAGGGCUGAGGUGCACUAGUAGGGGGCAGCAUAAACUUGCACUGCCUCUGUUUUCAGGUAAGAUAAGGCUUGGCUCCUAUCAGAAGGGUCUCGUUUAGAAACCUCAAAUUCAAACUCUUAGCAAAUGGUAAGGGAGGGGGAGAGGGUUAUUUGCAGUGGUACAUCUUAGACCUGGAUCUGCCAACAUCUGUGCAGGCAAGUAGCAACAUGCGUGGGCAUCGCCCCACUGCCUUAGUACCUAUAAGAGUUUGCAGGACUGAAGCCUAAAUUUAAAACAGCAUAGUUUUCAGUGGUUACUGUGGUCUAUAAGUAAGUGCAAGCUUAUGUAAAUUAGAGGGUACAGGACCAGGUUUUUGUCUGUCCUGCUUAAACCUUGUAAAAGGCAGCAGGUUGCAAAGCACAGUACUAUAGAAUAAGGGAUAGAAGGACGUCUUUUGCCUCUAAACAACUCUUGUUCUGCACAUCCAGACUGGUGCUCUGCACCAGUGUAUUCUGAUUAUUUAAGCCCUCAAACAUGGAGCUGUGAAAAGGCAAUAGGUUUUGAUGAUGUUUUGUAUAUAGAAACCAACUGGGGGGGGGGAAAUAAAGGGCUUUUUGGAGCUCGAGUUGGAAACAACAUCUUUUCCCCCAGUCCAUCUGCUACAGGGCAGGAAAGCCUGUUCUUAAUCACUGUUCUAUUUUGCACCUUAUGCACCAGUACAUGGUGCCACUGGGGUAAGUGCACAUUUAAUUGUCAGGGACCAACUUACGGUGUUUAUAAUGUAGUGCUCCAAAGCCUGCCUCACCGUGCUCAAGACUAGUUUGUUCCAGGCAUAAGCAGCCUGCAUAUGUAUUUUUUUGUAACGGCACAAUCCGAGGAAGAUAGAAAUGCGAUGAAGUUAUGCUGCUGGCUCCAAUAUUUUUCAUACGAGGUUUUUUCUUUAUUUUCACAGCUUGAUUGACUAUAACUUGUGCUUGAAAACUUAAAAUAAAAGAUACCACCAGUUAGUGCACGGGGAAACCAAUCUUUCUUUUUUUGAUACAGGGAAAGUUGCAUCUCCUUUGUAUUUUUUUACUUGCUGGACAGCCUGAGCUUUUUUUACAUUGCAGAUAGAUGUACUACACUACCCAAACUCACCUAACUUAGUAUCUGCAGCUAGGACUGUGAACAGGGAAUAACUCAAUGCUAGGGGCAGAGAGUGUUUAUACCUAUUAUUUUGGAAUUGGUCUUGCUUGUUCAGAAGUGUUUCAUACUCAUGGCAAACGUUUGCCUCUAAUAGCUGAUGUGUAGCAUUUAAUCAAAGACGUUUUCUAGCAAAAGAAAAAAAGAAUCAAAGAAGGCAAAGCAUAUUAUAACUAAUGUUUUUACAUGAUUACAUGUAUGUGGAAUAAGUAGGUCUUGGGGAUUUUUUUAUUAUCUUAAAAGUGCACAACAAACGGAUCUCAGAGAAACGGAAACAACUGUAUUAAAUAUAAUUUUGCUAAUAUAAAACACAGUCUUUGUUAUAAAACAGUCUUAAGACCUAGUUUAUUCCUCGUGAUGAACCGCUUAGUUACUGCAGUUUUUGGCGGCAAUAAAGCAAAAUCUUGUCAGUCAUUUUUUUUUUUUUCAGUUACAAGAAGAAAGUAAAGCUGAAUCAAUGAGACUCUUUCUACCAGGCUGAAUCCAGCAUUGGCAUCUGGCACCAAUGCUACUUUAUUUCAUAUUUUCCUCCGGAAGCAGAAGAGACGACUCAGUUCAGUUACUCUUCCACUCUCUCCCAUCUGUUUCCUUGUGAAUGUGACGGCAAGAUGUCAGUGGAGUUUGCUUAUUUGUCCUUACCUGCUUGCAGGUUUGCAAUCAGGACUUGAAUGUUAAAAACCAUGAUGUUUAAUGAAGGGAAUAUGGGUACCAGUGAAAAUGGGCAAUGGGGAAUCUGGGAAUGAAGCAUGGCGAUGCCAUGCUGCUAUGGUCGUCUUCUGAUCUUUACUCUUUGCGAGCAGUUUAAGUGAUAUAUUGGAAUUAAAAAAAGCCUUUCUAUUUUGGUAUUUCUAAGGACUGAAUAAAAUGGUCUGCAUUUGGAA